AAAGAAAUAAUGGAACCAAAAAUGAGAGAGAGAGAGGAGAGAGAGAGUUAAAAAAAAAAGGACUCAAUUUCUAGGGAGAGAAAGGGAAGCAGAAAUAGCGAGGUUUUUGAGAGAAAGACAGAGAUGGGACAGAUCGUGAAGAGGAAGAAGAAAGGAAGACCAUCCAAGGCAGAUCUAGCUCGGCGGUCGUCGGGUCAGAACACGGCAGCUACUGAGCCUCAUCGACGGCAAAGUCUCCGGCGCCGGAAUGUGAGAUAUAACAAUUUUAUCGACUACGAUGAUUACCUGGACGAGUUCGAGGAGUACGAGGAUAUAGAAGAGGAAGAAGAAGAAGAAGAAGAAGAGAGGAGGAAAGAGAAAAAGCUCAAGCUAGUACUCAAGCUCAAUAACCAGGAACAUAGCCGCAACAAAGCGGCGCGUGGAGAUCACGCUCGCGGAGAUGCUGCGGCGUCUUCGUCGGAGGAGGAUGUAGACCAGAGUGAAAAGAAGCCAUUGAAGGAGAAGAAAAUAAACGGCAGAGAUUACAGUGAAGCAGAGGACGAGAGUGAAGAUGAUCAUGUAAACGAAGAUGAUAACGAUCAAGAGGAAAGGGAAAGGAAAGCUGAUACCAAGAGGCAGGACUCUGUACCAGGAACACCGACUGAUCAUGCAAAUGGGUUGCCUUUACCUGAUAAGAAGUCGCUCGAGUUGAUUCUAGACAAGCUUCAAAAGAAGGACACAUAUGGCGUGUAUGCAGAACCUGUGGAUGUUGAAGAGCUUCCUGAUUAUUUUGAUGUAAUUGAGCAUCCAAUGGACUUUGCCACAGUGAGGAAGAAGCUGGGAAAUGCGUCAUAUUUGACCUUUGAACAAUUUGAGAGUGAUGUGUUCUUAAUUUGCUCAAAUGCAAUGCAAUAUAAUUCAGCUGAGACCAUAUAUCAUAAGCAGGCACGAGCUAUCCAAGAGCUGGCAAGGAAGAAGUUCCAGAAGUUAAGGAUUGACUUAGAACGCUCUGAGAAGGAGCUGAAGUCAGAACAGAAGACAAAACCCAACUUCUUGGCAAAAACACAAAUGAAGAAGCCUUUGAGCCGGACUAUGCAGGAACCUGUAGGCUCAGAUUUUUCUUCAGGUGCCACUCUUGCCAAUACUGCUGACCACCAGAAUGGUUUUGUUGCUGCCCAAUCUACUGGCUGUGACAGGCCUAGUAAUAUUGAUGGGCCUAUAGAGGGUACCUCUUCCGUGUUUGACAAUACUUUGGAGAAAGCAGAAGAACUAUCAUCAGGGAAGGGUCUCCUACCAAAAUGUGGGAGGAAAUCAUCCAUGCUUGAUGAAAACCGUCGUGCUACUUAUAACAUAUCAAGUCAACCUGCAGCAAGAUCAGAAUCUAUAUUUACAACAUUUGAGGGUGAAAUCAAACAGCUGGUUGCGGUUGGGCUUCAUGCAGAUUAUUCUUACGCUAGAAGCUUGGCUUGUUUUGCUGCAAUGCUUGGACCUGUAGCAUGGAAAGUUGCCUCACAGAGGAUUGAACAAGCACUACCGUCGGGGUGUAAGUUUGGGCGUGGGUGGGUUGGAGAAUAUGAGCCACUGCCAACACCAGUAUUAAUGCUUGAAACACGCACACAGAAAGAAUCUACUUUACUAGGUGCUGCUGAUGCAGUGAAGAAUGACUCAACUUCAAGGACCCCUAUUCCUGCGAAGGAAAAUCAUGUUAAUGCACCAAUUUCAGAAGGAAAACCAUCUUUGAUUCGUCCAACUUGUGGGCAUAUUUUAGAAGGAAGACCAUCCUUUUCUUCUGCUGGAUCGACACCCAGUACCCUUCUUCCUGUUAAUCCUACUUAUCAGCAGCAAAACCUUCCACUCAGGAAUUUUUCUGAGCCUCAGAAUAAGAAUUCAAAACAAGUUGAACUUAACUUGCCUCCAUCGAGCUAUCAACAUGAUGCUGAUAUUGCAGAAAAGCAUCUUCCUAAUAAUUCAGAAGUUGCUACUCCGAAGCCAAGGGAGAUGCCGAGGACAGUGAGUCUUAUGCAAUCGAUGCCUUCUAAGCAGCCAGAUAGUAGUGGAGUUGGCUCUAGUGGGUUGCCUAAUGGAAAAGUCACUAGUUCCUUGAAUAAUAGAUCUUCUGAUGGUGUUCCCAGUCAAAUGGCCCGAGCACCAACAUUUUUUGCCAGAGGAAAGGAACAUGUCCUUAAUGAUCCAGUUGAAGCAAUGAGAAUAUCAGCUGAAAUGGCCCCAAAACAGCAGAAACCUUCAAAUCAAUCCUCAGUUGAUACGUCAUCUGUUGUACCAUCACUUCCACCUGUAAGAAAUGAUUCUGGCAAUGCUGCUGCUGUUGCAGCCCGUGCAUGGAUGUCCAUAGGUUCCGGGGGUUUUAAAGUACCAAGUGAAAAUCCCUCCACACCCAAAAAUCAGAUCUCUGCGGAGUCGUUAUACAACCCUACUCGGCAAUUGCAUCCUCAAAUUCCUCGAGUUCAGGGGCAGUUUCCUCUUCCGGCAGGGAUGCAAUUUCAGGCUGAGAAGAAUAGCUUACCAUUUCAAGCAUUUAUGCAACCACCUGUUCAUGCAGGAAUUGGUCAAAACAGACCAAUGGUCUUCCCUCAAUUUGUGGCAACUGACUUGUCUAGGGUUCAGAUACAAUCUUCGUGGCGAGGGCUAAGUCCUCAUUCUCAGCCGAAGCAAAAACAGGAGAGACUUCCUCCUGACUUGAAUAUUGGUUUCCAGUCUCCAGGAUCUCCAGUGAAACAGUCUUCAGGUAUCAUGGUCGACUCACAGCAGCCAGACUUGGCAUUGCAACUUUGAGCGUUGAUGGACGUUUUCGAGGAUCAGAAUAAUGACAAAGAUUGUUGAUGCUGAGGUAAUAUUGGCUAUGGACUAAAGAACAAAAAAAAAAAAAAUUAUCCAUCACACCUCAGCUGCAUAAAAUGUGUCUGGCCUGCCUAAUUUGGUCUUGAAGAUAGUAAUACCAGCCUUGAAUUCAUAAGAUAGAAAUCCUGGAUUAGUCCUUGGCUGGGUUCUAUCUGUACAAAAGGAGGGAUUUUUUUCAGGAUGAAAUGACAACUGGAGAUUAUCAGGAAGAUAAAUUUUUUAAUAGAGCUGCAUAUGUUUGAUAUUUUCCCAUUGAAGAUCACUGACUUAUAAGUUAGAACAGAACUCAGUUUCUGUCAGGGAGUUGAAAAAAAGAUAGGGUACGGAAAGAGUUAAGUUCAAGGAUUCUUGAUCUCUAGGACUUUCAGCUGUUGAUCAUAAAUCAAAAUGAAUCAUAGAUAAGUUUCAGUUCCAGCUAUUCCCUUGUACAUUUGAUUCUGAUGGAUGAGAAUUACUUGCAUAGAUUCUAUCGUAUUUGAUUCCUUCAAUAUCAAUAUUUUGCUUCUUUUUUAUGCCA